AUUGGGCAUGACCAUGGGGGCCAGGCCAGGCUGUGGGUGUAGCCACUGAGACAGAGGGAGAAAGGCAAGCCAGCACCAGCCAAGCACCCUGCACUCCUGCUGGGGAAGAUGGGGGAGACAGAGGAGGAGAAGGACCAGGCAGGGAAGCUGUUUGAGAACUUCAUCCAGGCCUCCACCUGUAAGGGCACCCUGCAGUCCUUCAACAUCCUGUGCAGGCUGCUGGAUCUAGACCCUCAGGACCAUGAGACAUUCUACAGUAGUCUGAAGACCAGGCUCACCUCCUGGAGGGCCAAGGCCCUCUGGACCAAGUUGGACAAGAGAACCUGCCACAAGGAGUACAAGAAGGGCCAGGCCUGUGUGGGCACCAAGGUAAGCUAACAGCCACUCACCAUGACAUUCAAUGAACACUUGCUUUGUAUGAUACAGAGGUGUUGUAUAUACCUCUGGUAUUAUUUGCGCACUGUAGACAGAGCUCUGUUGCAUGGAAAACUUUGGAGACAAAAGAGACAAAGAACUCCAAGACCAUCAGCGUGAAAAUGGUCUUGACAGUGAACAGUGCACACCCUACAGUAGUUUGAAAUAAGAUCCCGAUAUAUUCAUGUGAAAGUAAUAUUUAUGAAUGUUAUGCAUUUUACUUAUCUUUGUGUAGCUGUGAGUUGUAUAACUGGUCUGACCCAUUGGACUUAUGAUUAGUCAGGAUUCAAGUCACCAUAGUGACAGGUGUGACUGAUUCUCUGAAUUUUUCAGUCUGUAAUCGGUUUUAGACAAUCGGCAGUUUGUCCUUCCUUAGGAGAGAAGUGCUUUGCCAUAGGCAGCUAGUGACUAAGGCAACGUCAUGGUCAUCACUUUAAACUGCACCUGUCAGGACACAUUAAAUCAGCUACUGUCCUUUAUUGCAGCUGGCGCAUAUAAACAGCUGAGAAAAUGUGUUCUUCUGAUCAGACAGAACUUGACGUUCAUCUCAGUUUUCACACACGUACGUACACACGUGCGCACUCACGCACCCACGCACACACACCACACACAUACAUAUGCCCACAAACAAACACACACAGACACUUAAGGCGUCAGCAUGCUUCAGUUCGGCUGGUACCUAGCCGAACUCAGCUAGGCGAACCAAACAAGUGUGCUCGCAUACUCCAUUAAAAGACCUACGCUUGAAAAACUAGAAAAAAGCGGCAAUAGUAUUGUUUGUAAAUUUAGAGACCCCAUAGCCAGUAUAUACUUCCUCAAAAUAAUCUAAGAUAACUCAACAAAUCUGUCAUUCAUUUUGACGUUUUUACUGAGGAGAUCUUAGUCGCGCAAUUUUACAUCUAACUAAGAUGUUUAGUUGCAGAUGCAGUAUUUCUCAAAAAGUGCCCGAACAGCCGAAAAACCCCUCACUUAAGUCCAAAACGAACAAAAAACACCAUAAUAUAUGAACAAACUCUUCCGAACUGUUUCGGCUGGGAAGCAUGCGAACGCCUUUACUGUAACUCACCCCUCCCUCACCUCAGCACUAUCCUCAUUCCUCCUCAUCCACAGCUCUACAGAGUCUUGCCUCUUUCAGCUUGGCAGAAUGGUGCAUUACAAAGCUACACAGCACCCUCAAUCAGUCACCAGAAUGCUUUCAUAACACACAUCCACAGACAGCAUCACUCAGCGAGUGUGAUUAUUUUCCUUGGUUCUACUGAGGGGGUGGUGUUCUUUAUUGGGCCCUCCUAAAGGUUUGGAACCCAGCCCAGAUUGUUAUUAAAGUGUGUUUUAAGUUCUUCAAAAUAAGCCAGGUUUUACAAGUUCUCUCUGACACCAGCUAUAAACCCGGUUGGAACACCAUAUACCCUCUUGAUCUGAGAGACUGCCAUGAUUAGGUGCUGUCCCAGUUCUAUUGAACCUUUCAUUAAAGUGUCUGAUUGUUUUUAGUCCCGUGCCAAAGAGUUUCAGCUAGGUUUCCUCAGUCUGACAAGCCACAGGACAGCGUAAAAUUGCCUUAUUUAUCAAUGUAAUAGAACAGAUGCACAGUACAGUCUCUGGGUUCUAGGUAAUUAACCAUACUGUUGGUACAGUAGGAGAGACUCACAUAAGGAUGUGAUUUACGCUGGCUGUGUGGAUGGAAGUGUAUUUUGUGAAGGAGGAAUGACUUUGUAAAAAACGGAGGCUAGAAUUCAACUUGCCCUCACUUCUUACGUUUCAAGUCUGUUUACAGAAUCUGAGAUUUAAGGCUCCAACAGACAGUGGUACUGUAUAUGGGUCUCCUGUUGUGAUUAAUUGCAGCCCACCUGCCACAACUUGAUAAUUACUUUACUUUACUAAAUGACUUAAGCGAUGAGUUAGGGUUUUGGUGGUGGUUCACAGGGAAUAAUAAUGUGAUAGCAUUCCUCACCCAGCCUCCAAUGCCUGCUAGAGAUACAAUCUGUAUAGGAUAUGAAGUCAUCCCCAGUAUAUUACUGCAUACAGCUGGCUAUAAUGCUAAUGACACACACUUACUGUUGGUUUCUUCUAUAUACGUUUUUAAUGAGGAACACAAUGAAGGCCCAUAUUUCUUUUUUCACAGCCUCAAUUUAAAUACGAAGCAGAUACACUGAACAGAAUGGUCAGAGAACAUAUGUUACUGGGCUUAGUCUCUUUCACUGAUUAUGCUGUUAAAUGUAAGUGCUUUAGGCCUAUUGUAGUGGCUUCUUGAGCCUGAGAUCUGAGAAGCUUAUAUUUUAUUAGUAUCAGAGUUACUUUGUGCUCGUCUCAUCUGAGAGGUCUGGAGAAGUGAGCUGGAGUGGGAAGUGGCCCAGUGAGAGAGACUGUUAGUUUUCCAGGGCGGUGCCGCUGUCCAGUGCCAGAUUCUAUGGAAACUAUUUGGACCGGCUAUGCCCUGAAAGUGAGAUCCUGACCUGCACUUCAGCACCAGUAUGCCGCAGCAGAAUACAGACUGUUUUCUAUUAAGGGACUGAUUUGUGUGUUCUCUGCAUUUUUACAUCACAAUUACAAAGUAAGCUCUAUAAUUAUCAGGCAAUCAAACUCCACAUUAUGACACAUACUAUUAUUAUAAUUAAAUCAUAUUGCAAAUAGCUUGAUAAUUAGUAGUCUCAAUUGUGCAGACACAAUUCUCCUUGAGCUAGGUAAUACGUUUGGAAUGGUUUUGCAUUCAUGAAAUGCCUUCAAUCAUAAGUGCUACAUUUCAUUCCUUUUUCUUAUGUGAACUGUUAUGCCUGUAUAAUGUUGGCACAUACCUCAUGUAUGAAUCAUAUGGAAACGUUUUCAUUGUAUUAUUGUUUAUUACACUGUUAUUCAGUUCCUCAGUGUCUUGCCCUUUUGACUAAAUUACAGCAAAGACAUGAACUCUUUACUUCACAACCCACUGAAUGUGGGUUAGCAUUAAAGACAGAACAACUGUGUUUUAAGGAUUCUUUCCUACUGUAUUUCCCCCCUCAUUGCAGAGGAGCUCUCCUUUAUAACAGGUUGUCUAUGUAAUGCUCGUAAAUCUCACUUACUUUACUUACUUUAAGUCAUUUAGCAGACGCUCUUAUCCAGAGCGACUUACAGGAGCAAUUAGGGUUAAGUGCCUUGCUUAAGGGCACAUCGACCGAUUUUUCACCCUCACCCUAGAUGGCCCAUCGUUGAAUAGUGUGUCAUCAACAUUUCCAUGCUUGUGAUCCUCUCUUGACAUCUUGACAGACAUAUUUUCCAUUAAUUAUAUGGUUUGAUACUGUGGAAAAUUGUGCUUCCACUGAGCAAAUAAUUCACUGUAUGGAACCUUCUAUACAGUAGGAUUUGAAAGUUCAGAGACACACUGUGCCCUCCUUGCCUGUUUCUCAGGCCUAUUUCAUGCCCAGACAGGAGUGUUGCUCCUUUUCUCCUGUUCUAUUUCCCAUGAAGUCCCAGAUGGCUGUCUGCGAGGGUUGCCAGUUCAUGUUGUGGCUCACCCGGUGGUCUCUCUCAGUUGAUUGAGUACCUUAAGUCUGACGUUUUGUCCCAAAACAGCGUGAGCCACCACCGUGCGCUGAGCCAAGCUAGUGAGGCAUCACAUCAUGUCUGCAGGUGCACAGGCUCCGCUCGCUCACUCACACACACAGUCAGUUUGUUUUACUCCGGUGAAGCCAGAAUAAGCAUGUGUGUUAAGGAGCUCCACUCAGCCCAGUGUUGCGGGGUGUUCCCGUCAAUCUAACCUGGCUGGCCUGUUGAAGUGGCUGGGCAGCAUGAACACACUGAAGACCACCAGUCAGCUGAUGUCUUAGACCUUAGAGGACAUACUGUACUCCUUAAAGAGAUAUAGCUGUAGAGUGUAACGAGUCAUUUGUAUUCAUUCAAAAUAAGUGCAGGUAUAGAGGAUAAUGUUUGGUCCAGCAGUAUCCUAUUGUCUUGAGCUCCAUAGAUUGAUCAGGAUGCUAGGAGACAAUAAUUGCCAACUGCCUGACAUUGUGCCCACUUUCCAUUUUGAUAAGCAUGUUUGAGUUGGCCUCCAGUCUACAUUCCGCAUGAUGUGAGUAUGAUAAACUGUGUCCGUGACCAAUAAACUUUGAUUUGAUUUUGAUUUGAUUGACAGCUAAUAGGGCUCCAGGUGCAGUAAGUAAUGAACGGGAGAGAAGUGAAAGGUGAGGGGGGGCGGGGUCUUCCUCUCCUGGUGAGCGUGAGGGGGUGAGGUCACAGGUGGGGGACAGACAGGAAGUAGCUGUGGUCUGACUCAGCAGAACUGCAGUGGGCCCUCAGGAAGCCCUCCCAUCUGCGAUAACACAGCACCGCAUAGAAACAGGCAAAACAAACCGCUCAUCUCUCAUAGCACCAUAGAGACAGACUAAAACAAAAGUGCUACUUUGAUAGUGAUUAUCUAGUUUAUAUCAGGUUUGAUAAUACCCAACAUUGUGGGAUUGUGUGGUUAGGCACAUCUGAAUAAACUUAGCUAAUGUUGUUCUGUGUUUGUGAAUAAGGCAUUGUUCCAUAUGUUUUUUUUUCUUUUUCCUCUGUGGCGGUGGAUGCUUAACACACCUGGCACAUCUCGGUAACUGUCUGUUUCUCCUGACAAUGGUUAAAGAGCCCAUCCACUUUAAUCACUCCUCGUGAUGAAAAGAACUGGGCCAGGCCUGUCCAGACACAGCCACGCGCAGCCACCUGGGUUUGGCUAGUAUACCUGAUAAGCAUUGAAUACCUCAUACUCUUACCCCUAGGCUACUAAUGUUAUGCUCUCCUUCACCUCCUGAUGACACCCUGCAGCAGAAUCCCACACGGAGAAUGAGAAAACAGAAUGACUAAAUCCCAAUCUUAUUUUUAUCGCUGGGAGCAGCGGUGCCAUUUAUGGUGUGAUGUGGGCAGCUGGCACGUUUAGCUCUGUAAAAAGCACCCUGGGAGAGAGGGACAGACAGAGAGGGGGGAGAGAAAGUGAAGGAGAGAGAGUGGGAGUGGGAGCGAGAGAGAGAGAGAGAGAGAGAGAGAAAAAGAGAGAGAGUAUACCCCAUUCAGCACAGAGCUACAGUAUACAAACAUGAUAAGGCCCCCGAGGCUGGGGCUGAAACACGACCGUGUCACAAUACUGAUUGGAGUGACACAUCCUGGGAGUGGCCCUUCAGGCAGACACACAGAGUGGCAGGAAGUUAGUCCCGCUGUUCAAAUAUACUGCUGGCCCUCCCUGCACACAGGGUGGAUUUUGAGGUCAGGUAGGUGGGUUGGCUGGGCUGGGAGGAAAUUAGAGAUCUGAAAUGAAAAGGUCAUAGUGGGCCAGCUAGGGUCUGAGAUGGCUGAGCCUGGUUGAGAGAGCACGUCAGGCUCUGAUUGGUUAUAAGGUUAAGGAAACAGGAAGCCGCCCAACUUGUUGGGCACAGCAGGGGCUGCUGUCUGACUCAGGAGUGGUUGGAUGGUGAGAUGCUUCCUCAGAAGAACAAACACUCCAAAACAAUUCCUUCUCAUCCUUUCCAGAAGGCUGGAUGAAGUCAUGUUCUCACCACACAUUCUCAGACGGAUCCUGUAACCCAAAAGAACUGACUUCAUGCAGAUUUGAGUGAGGCAGAUGCAUGAAUCAUGUCUUUGAUAUGACUAGGCUGUAAUAAUGAUCUACGGUUGAGGUAAUGACACAUACUCUCCCAGCGCUGGGUCAGAGUAACGAACAACAUACUGUCACCAUAAACAUCCACCUCAGGCACUCGGUCUGUUUACUUGGCAAUAUACAGCCAAACUAAUCAACUCAUAUUUCAUCUGCUGUAUUGAGUAUAUCUACAGGUUUAAACAAGGAUUCUAUUUUCAGUAAGUAUUAUUUAUGAUGGUGAUAAGGUACGUAUGCAGUAUAUGAUCUCUUCGGCAGGCAUAUGGUUUGGAUGUACACAUGUAUUGUGUUUUGUGUAACAGAAAUGGGACUAUGAAAUACGAUUUUGAGUCCUAUUUAUUAGCACACAAUGAUAAUGGUGUCCCUCUGUCAUUCUUGUCCCUGCAGUGCCUGAUCAUCGGGGGAGGCCCAUGUGGCUUGCGGACGGCCAUCGAGCUGGCUCUGCUGGGGGCCAAGGUGGUGGUGAUUGAGAAGAGGGACACCUUCUCCAGGAACAACGUGCUGCACCUGUGGCCCUACACCAUCCACGACCUCAAGGGCCUCGGGGCCAAGAAGUUCUACGGCAAAUUCUGUGCUGGAGCCAUAGACCACAUCAGUAAGUACCUUUACAUGUGGGGUAAACAUCUCAGCAGGAAACCUUUCUGCCCAAACAGCCAUAACAGUUGUUAGUCAUAACAGCCAUUUCCCAUAGCCCUACAUGUACUUACUUUUGCAAUGGAAUAUUUUCCUUAUGGAUAUUGUUGGAUUCAUGUUUAGCUUAUGAUUAUGCUAUUGUAUCCUAUUCCCCUCUAAAGCAGUUUUUUGUCUGGUAGCCUUGAUGCAUCCAAUCCCUUCCAUUACAUAAUGUCAAGGUUGUGAGCCAUGGAAGGUGAACCUUCCACCUGCUCUUAGCUACAGAGAGACAAAGCAGAGCUGCCAACUGCUGGUGUUGAAAACAAAUCUUUCUACAGCUCUCAAGUGACAGAGGCCAAAGGCCAAGUUUGGUUGUGUGUAUAAUGUGUAAAUGCAUGGAUGCCUGUGCAGUGUGCAUGUACUAGGUACUGUAUUAGAUAAGCCAGAAAAGCCAGCUGGGUUUCUUGCAUGGUUCUAAGAACUCCUGAUUCUUGUCUGUGUUUGCCAGGUAUUCGCCAGCUCCAGCUCAUGCUGCUGAAAAUCGCCCUGCUCGUAGCUGUGGAGUUCCACGUCAAUGUGGAGUUUGUCAAGCUGCUGGAACCUCCAGAGAACCAGGAGAAUGACGGUGAGUGACAGCUCACUUACAGUACAGGCCGUCACUUACAGUACAUAUAUGUCCAUUGAAAUCCAUCAACAUUGGCCUAGUACCCAUCAACCUUGCUCCUUCCUGCACACCAUUAGGGGUCUUUUGGAUGUAGUUCAGGGAUUCAUGCAAGGGCUAGGUUACAGCAUUUGGGACCAGACUUCCAAUAUCAGACAGGUGAGUUGGGGUUGAAGGGCUUAAUGCAAUGCAUUUGGAGAACGUCAACAGUGCACCUUAACAUGAGCCUUGCAACAGUCAGUAAGACCAUUACAGAUGUAGGAUUUUAAUUUAAGCCAGUUUGCUACCGCAGGAAAAUAAUCCUGCAGCAACAGGAAAUGUGAAUUAUUAUGAGGAUUAUAAUUAAUGGACAUUUUUGUAGGGGUUGAUACAUUUUUCGCAAGGGAAAAUCAAGUCUGAAAUUUCAAAGUGGAAAUUACAAACUUCAGAAGCCUUUUGAAACCUCAAAUACACUACAAGUUUAACAUUUCCUGCAUUACAGGAAAGUUAUCCUGCAACAGGGUGAUCAAAUUAAGAUCCUACAUCUGUAUGUGGCUGCCCAGAGGAUCCCAUCACAGUAUAUUCUCUCCCACACCAUAGCAUUCCUCUGGUUUACAUCACUGUACCUUGAGCUACAGGGAGUUACUGCAGUCCAUAACUAGUACCUGUUAGAGUAGUUCUGCCUCCCCAUUCAACAGUAUAUCUCCUUGGCAACCAGCAGUAAACAGCAGCACUGUUACAGCAGUGCACUGAUCACCCUUUAUUUGAUAUUUGCAUUGCCAUGGAAAUCAAAUGUUUAAAAGUCAUAAUCAUUGCUUCACCAUUCCUAUUCAGCUGCUAAUGGUUAGCAACCUCCCCAGAUGCUAAUGUUAUUUUAUGGCUGCUGCUGAGCAGAGCACACAGUAAUAUCAUUGAGCAGAGCAGACCUAGUGGCUUUGUUUAAGGAGCAGCAGAGCCAAAUUACGGCCGUGGAAGGUAAUUAAGAGCUGAUUAGCCAGUGUAAUUACAACCGUGCACCCUCGGUACAGUACUAGCUGCUUCAAGAUGUGAACGCUGCGUGGUGUGUUGUGAUGUGGCGCCGAGCUGAAAGACUGGCUAUCUGAAAUACCUCUACACUUGACCCCCCUCCCUCCUUCAGAGCUUUGUUGAUUGGACUCCUGGACUGGAGGUCAUUAGCUAUCCCAUGUGGCCUCCUCGACCGCGACGUCAACCAACUGAUAAAAACAAGAGUCUUUACUAAAUAUGGAUACAGAAUGGUCCCCCUACUUUUGCUGUCACAGGGUGCUCAGUGUCCUUGACAUGAUGGAAUGCAUUUUUGACAUGAUGAUAUUACACAGUGGACAGCCAACCCAAUGUUGCUGGGGCCUCACACUGCCUCUGUGGCUGACAUCAUUCACCACAUUUGAUCCACUACGUAUUGAAUUAUAUACUGUAGCUAGCUAGCGCUCUGGUAUCAAUUAUGCAGUACAAGUGAGAAUGACAUUAAACAACAUCUUAUAUAAUUACAGCACGGUAUAGUCUGCUGAGCUAAAUGACACAAUGCGUGUGACCUCUGUGUCACCCUCUUUGUUGAGAACUGUCAGGAUUAGCAAACCCUUUUCCCCAAUGGUGUUGAUAGGCAUCAUAAAUAUUGUUCCCCAGAAAUAACAUGCCAAAAGAGCAACCAAGUAAAUAUUGUGUCUGUUUCUCUAGCCCACGUCCUCUCAUUCUCUCUAUCUGUGUUGAACUCUAACCCGUUUGUAUACUGAUAAGUGUGUUUGUUUGAGGUGUGUGUCCAUGUAAAUGUGGAACUGUACUGACCCUCUCUCCCUCCUCUCCUCCUCUCCUCCCUUCCCUCUCUCCCUCCUCUCCUCUGACUGUGUUUCAGGGCCUGGCUGGAGAGCUGAGAUCAGGCCUGCCGAUCACCCUGUGGCUAACAUUGACUUUGACGUGGUGGUGGGGGCUGAUGGGAGGAGAAAUACCCUGGAAGGUGAGAACUCUGUAGGGAUGGGAGGGUGACAUGGGUUGUAUCCAUGCAGAGUAUAUCUACAUACCGUUAAUGACCUGACUCCAGAUAUAGGAUAUGGUGAUUUGGUACUGUAUAUGAUAUCAUGUGAUUACAUCCAUGGAAUGGCUCUCUGAGAUUGCUCAAUAUGUUUACUAAACACUACUUGCUCCAAAGCUAACUUUAGCUCUAAGUUCAAAUGCAGUUGGAUAUUAUCUGGAGCGCCUUCAAACACAAUUUCUAUAUUGAAACGUAUGUUUAUGUAGCUUUGUUGACAGUGGCUUGUUUCAAAAAAUAUCCAGGACACCUUUCUCAUAUAAUUAUUUUGUCUGGAUAACAGCCUAACAACUGUAACUAAGAAACAUAUUACUUUUAUUGGCUGCGGCUUUUGGCUAACAAAGCAUCCAUUUAAAAAAGCAUAGUCUCAUCCAAGAAAGUUAGGACGCCAUAAAAUCAAGCUCGCCUCUGUAAAACGAUACCCUAUGUGAUGUCAUUAAUCUCUCCUUCAAAGGGCAAGGUUACACAUGAAAUCACCAUAGCUCUGUACCUUAAUAAAAAAGAUCUGGGGCCCUGUGUGUGUAGUCAUCUGGAUGCUGUUCAACAGUUGAUGCAUGCAUGUUGGACUCGCCCUCACAGAUGCCUGUCAUCUCCUCACCAAUCCACAUCAGAUGCUUAUUCCUUAAAAGGGCAUUUUCUGUCUCCAAACAAUGAGGCGUUUAGGUCAUCGUCUGAUGACGAAAGGCCGGAGGAAAACUUUCUUUUUAGAAGUCAUUCUGCUUUUGGACUGCCAUGCAGAUCCCUGUCUGAGGGGAGGGUUAAAUAUACCCCAAUCUGUUCUGUACCCAGCUAAUCGUCUGAGAGGAACACAGCUGCAUUGGAAAGAGUGAUGUGAGGGGAGGGGGGACAGGGGCAGGCGGGUGACCCAGUGAAUUAGCAGUGACAGUAAUGGAACAUUUCUGGCUCAUAUUCAAAUGCUACCUCCUCCUAGAAAAGCACCUCUCAGAAUCUCAUACAUUAUUUUGUAGGAGGAAGAGAGGCUGAACACAUUAGAACAUUCAUCCUCCUUUCCUUCCUGAGUCACAGGUCUAGAGGUAUUGAGGAUGUAUUUUCUUUCACUAAAGGGCUUUGGUGCAGAGCCUUCCUCAUCCCCUAGGACAAUUGUAAGCAUAUUAACAUCUGGCCUGUGGGACUUAACAGCUUGGAGUGACAUAGCCCGGGUACUAGCUGUGGUUGGAUGGCUUUUACAGGCUUUAGGCGCUUUGGUGAAGCUUUGACACCACAAAGAGACUUGUCAAAAUAAUAUCACCAUAUUCUCGUUCACAAAAGUCAGACAGCUUUUCAUAAAACCGUAAUUGUGAGAAUGUCAUUUAAAAAGUCAGACAGCUUUUCAUAAAACUGUAAUUGUGAGAAUAUUAGCAACAGGAACCCAAGUGAAUGUCAGUCUGGCAUUAAAAGUCUGAGUCCAUACUUCAGUCUAUUUUAAGGCUUGCCUGCAGUUAUGCUUGGGCCUGGAUGGGACACAGAAAGUUAAUAUUAAACUAGCCUCUAAAAUUGUGAUAUUUUUGCAAUGUCUACAUAAAAAAAAAAAAACUUUGCAGGGUCGGUGAGAGGAUGGCAAUAAACUCUUCAAUGCCAAAAGUAUUUCCCCAAUGUUUCUAUCUGAAGAGGAACUGAUUCUGUUCCAUUCUUGUUGAUAUCCUAAAUAGCAGAAGUGUAAGCAAUUGCAGCCAAUAACAGUAUAUAUCGUAAAAUCUCAGUGUGAAAAACGAGAUAGCACCUUCUCUUACAAUAGUGCAGUUCAUGUAAGGAGUGGCUGCAUUUGCACUGAAGUUGUGAAAGUUAAUCAACAUGGAAGACAUUUUUAUUAGAUCAUAACAUUUUAGUACUGACCCAACUCUCCCGCCGAGGCUUGUGUUCCACUGGUGAUAUAAACAGCAUCACCUCGGUAACGAGUCUCUCUGAUCCUAAAAUAACUGGCCUGUGAUUACAGCUCAGUGCUAGAUUUCCUCUGGAUUAGUAUGCCUCCGCUGGCCUGGCCAGAGAAUAGUAAUCUCUCUCUCUCUCUCUCUCUCUCUCUCUCUCUCUCUCUCUCUCUCUCUCUCUCUCUCUCUCUCUCUCUCUCUCUCUCUCUCUCUCUCUCUCUCGCUCUCUCGCUCUCUCUCUCUCAAUUCAAUUCAAUUCAAUUCAAAGGGCUUUAUUGGCAUGGGAAACAUAUGUUUACAUUGCCAAAGCAAAUGGAAUAGACAAUAAACAAAAGGGAAAUAAACAAUCAGUAUGCAUUACUCUCGCAAAAGUUUUAAAAGAAUAUAGACAUUUCAAAUGUUAUAUUAUUGGCUAUGUACAGUGUUGUAACAAUGUGCAAAUAGUUGAAGCAUGUAAACAGAUAAAUAUAGGUUGCAUUUACAUUGUUGUUUGUGCUCCACUGGUUGCCCUAUUCUCAUGGCAAUGGGCCACAAAUCUUGCUGCUGUGAUUGAACACUGUGGUAUUUCGCCUAACUGGUAUGGGCGUUUAUCAAUGUUUAAUCUGUUUUCAAGUUCAUUGUGGGUCUGUGUGAUCUGUGGGAAAUAUGUGUCUCUAAUGUGGUCAUACAUUUGCCAUCUCUCUCUCUCUCUCUCUCUCUCUCUCUCUCUCUCUCUCUCUCUUCUCUCUCUCUCUCUCAGGGUUCAAGAGGAAGGAAUUCCGUGGUAAGCUGGCAAUCGCCAUCACGGCCAACUUUGUCAACAGGAACACCACGGCCGAGGCUAAGGUGGAGGAGAUCAGCGGUGUGGCCUUCAUCUUUAACCAGAAGUUCUUCCUGGACCUCAAAGAGGAGACAGGUGGGCCUGAGAUCCCCCACAGUCAAUGAGUCAGCCAGAGGAGCAGACUGCCCUCAGAAUGCACUUAAAUCCACACAUUGUCAAACAACAGCAAUUUUCAACCCUGUCAUUAUCAUGUUUUUUUUUUAACCUUCCUGUCUGUGUCUGUCAUUUGUUGCAGGUAUUGACCUGGAGAACAUUGUAUACUACAAGGACAACACGCACUACUUUGUCAUGACAGCAAAGAAGCAGAGCCUACUGGACAAGGGGGUCAUCAUUCAUGUAAGCAAACAUUGUUUAGAUCAGGGAUCAUCAACUAGAUUCAGCUGCGGGCUGAUUUUUUCUUGAUGUCUGAGGGUGUUGUAUUCAGAUGUGUAUUUAGAUGUGCAUUCAGAUGUGUAUUCAUAUGUGUAUGUGAGAGAGAGGAAGAGAAAGACAGAGAGAGGGGGAGAGAGAAGGAGAGGUGGGGAGUUAAUAGAGGAGUGUGCUGGGUUGGAGGAAUCUCAUCCUUGGUUGUCUGCCAGGUGAACAGCCAACGAGCUGGGCGGGCACCACAAUGACAUCCAUGAAAGCUAAGUGUUAUAAACAUCCCUAAAGGAACACAAUAUUUCUCUGGCUAAUGACUCCCUCUCAGCGCUCUCUCUCACCUCAAUUGCCAGGGUUCUGCAUGAGUCAUCCUAUGAAUUCAUUCAUAAAGAUAAUGUGGGACUUUGAGAGUGGCGUCACAGUACAAUUUAAAGAGCAUCUUUAAUGGUCCUCUUACUGUAUAUACAAGGUGAAUAACUGUUAUUACGCUUAGGGUAUCAAUGUUGCAUCUGAUUUUGCCUCUUUGCUUCAUCUUUUUGGUUAUGGUCUCUCAAAAACACAAUUCCCCUGACUUUGUCUCGUAGGACUACAUAGACACAGAGAUGCUGCUGAGCAGUGAGAAUGUGAACCAGGAAGCUCUGCUGUGUUACGCCCGGGAAGCUGCUGACUUUGGCACCAACUACCAGCUUCCCACGCUGGACUUUGCCAUAAAUGCUUGUGGCCAGCCGGACGUGGCCAUGUUUGACUUCACCAGCAUGUACGCCUCGGAGAACGCAGCGCUGGUCAGAGAACGCUUCGGACACCAGCUACUGGUGGCACUGGUUGGGGACAGCUUGUUAGAGGUGAGGAGGCUGUGACAACAGUGUUUAAUCAUGCUUUAAAAUGGUUGGACUAUAAUACUACAUGUGCAUAUUCCGCUAAAUGUACUGUUAUGCUGAUGGUAUGUGUCUGUGUGUACAGCCGUUCUGGCCCAUGGGUACAGGGUGUGCGAGAGGCUUCCUGGCUGCCUUUGACUCAGCCUGGAUGGUGAAAAGGUGGGCUGAGGGCAGGACCCCUCUGGAGGUGCUAGCUGAGAGGUCAGUGGUCAGCACACAUAUUGUACACACACACACACACACACACACACACACACACACACAUACACACACACACUAAAUAUAUAUAUUUCUCCAGGGAGAGUCUUUACAGAAUCCUGCCGCAGACAACCACUGAAAACAUUGCCAAAAACUUUGAGCAGUACACCAUUGACCCUGGGACUCGGUAUCCCAACCUCAUUUCCACCUGUGUCAGGCAAAACCAGGUAAGAAGGCCUUUCUCAAGGAUCACAUUGUUUACUGCAGUAUUCACUUUCUGCUGUCACCAAUAUCAGAUUCACCCUUAACAUUAACACAAGAUUUCAAGGAUGGACUGUGCUUGUCUUCUUAUCUCUUCUUCUGCCUGUAUCUCAUCUCUGUCUCAUUCUUAUUUCUUCCAGGUGCGUCACCUCUACAUCAAUGGAGAGCUGCCAGUGAAGUCGUGCUCUCUGGAGCGUAAUGCUACAAUACGUCGCCCUGUGAACCUGGCCAGACGAGGUGAGCCACACACAAUACAGGAGAGGCCAGAGAGACUGUGGAGUUGGGAGGCUUUAGUACAGUCUAGUAUGGAUUUACCUCUGAUCCAGUGCAUGGCUCCAACCUACAGAACAUGCUGUGACGUCGACUCAACUGGUUCAAGUAACUCAUUUGAAAAUGAUGACAGAUGAGUCCCUUGUGUUUCAUGGGCCCAAAUAUCUGCAGCACUCAUUCAUUCAGUGGCUAUUUACCCAAAGGUAGGAGAAGAUCAGCCAUUCCACUCUAGUUCUAUUACAGUUUUUCUCCAUUGGUUUGGCUCAUUUCUUGAAACAGAAAUUACAUUCUCAAAACUACAUGAACAAACCUCCAAACCACUUGGCAAUUGUUCACAACAGAAUUGAAUUUGUCAUUCAUUUCAUCAAAUUGCAAAUGUCUAAGUACAUGUCUCAAUGUCUCAGUACAUCUUUGCAAAUGAUUAAGUACAGGUAGCCUACAUUUAGCACAAUUUCCAAGUGAAUAGAUCUUGUUGAUCUAAACUGAUUGUUGAUUCUCAGUCUAAUGGUUGUUCGCUCCAAAACGUGUCAGCGUCAUUUCAUUGUAUAAGUCAUCACAUGCACAAUAGUCUGUUCAAUUGUCAAAAUUAGUCAAGAACAUAAUACCAUGAAUACCAUAUAUGAAUCCCUUGGAACAUUUGAUACAUUUAUUACAGCAGAUCAGUGUAGGGGAUGGUUGCGACAUGCACGCCGUUUCUUCCCUCGUUGCAUCGCAAGGGAGAAUAUACGCUGUGAUGUGGACGAGAAUCUGUGGCCAGACAGACAGCAGCGUGUGGAUGGCCAGGAGGGUGAGGACAGCGACCAGUGAAGAACUGUUAGUUGUGAAACUCCAGCUUUAUUUACAGCACUGUAGGCUGCAUAUCAUUUUCAUUGUUUUUUGUUUGUGUGUUUAUAUUACAGUAUAUUAUGCUGUAUACAUUUUCUUUUUACUCUGAUGUAUGGAAGUUACUUUAUGUGUGUGAAUGAUAAUGGUUACAAUUUCCUUGGCAGUAUGAGUGCAAUGUGUGAUGUCAAACCUUGGAGGCUACUCUUACCCUAAAAUCCUAUUUAUUUUUUUCAGUUUUAUACACAAUUGUAUUCUGUUAGCUAGACAAAAAACAGUACAGUAACCAUUGUCAAUGAAGGACUGGGCUAAGACUGAAAGGUGGACAUGAGGGAUAUUUCAAUGGUCCUCUGCCAUAGUGACAAAACAUCUAAACAUUUUGACUUGCAGUGCUUACACAAUGCCAAAGGGACGAAGCAUUUUGGGGGCACUGACUGUUUAAAUGAGAAGGAAAUUUAGUUUUGACACAUGCGUGAACUGUUUUGGGAGAGGUAUGAGCUUUUGCAGGUGAACCAUGGUGUUGUGCCGAACCAUCCACGUUAUUUUGGCUAAAGCACCAAGAGUGUUGAGAACGUCCGGUCUGUUUCAAGAAAUGAGCCAAAGCAAUUGAGAAGGAUCUUUGCCAUUUCCGUGGCACUGACUCCUUAUAUGGGAAAGGAAUUUAGUUUUGAAGCAUGAGUGAACAGUUUUAGGAGAGAUAUGAGCUUUUGCAAGUGAGCUAUAGUGUUGUGCUGAACUGUAAGACUGUUUUGCCAAAUGAUCUUAGAGUUUUGAGAAUGUAAUUUCUGUUUCAAGAAAUGAGCCAAACCAAUGGAGAAAAACUGUAAGUUAUCUCCCAUUCCCUGUGUUCUGGGAGUGUUCUGAGAGCAGCGACACAGGCACACAGCAGUGUUUAAGUGAGGCAGACCUUUUCUCUCGCUGUGGCAGACUGAGGGAGGGCCAGCGUUAAUCUCUGCUUAGGGAAUAAGUCUCCGUCUGAGGUUUGUUUUUGAAACGGUCCAUGGUGAGAGCGGAGCUUUGGUGAAGUGGAAGCCUCUUGACUGUGGACGGGGUCAUAUAGCAUACAGACCCCCCCCACACCCACUCUACUGUACAUAAUGUACUUAUCUUCAAAAUGACACUGCGUUUAAGGAAGACAAAAUGACUACAUUCGUAAUUUUAUUGGAGGCCAAAGCUGGUGGUUCUGUGUAUUGGUAAAAGGAAAAACAUGACUUGAUUCACUAGUAGUUAAACGCAGCAGUAAUAUCUUUAGGAUGUUUUCAGAUACCAGACCAAACAAAGUCUAGCUGGUUACGUUUCAAUAUAUUUUUUGUUCAACAUUAAUACUGGAAAGUUUCAAGCAGUUAUUCAAGGAGAACUGAAAGUUAGAAAUAUGACCUCAUUUUAAUCUUAUGUGAUUUUUGUCUCCAUCAUCGGAAAAUGUUUUUUUCCAUGUAUACUGUAUAUCUUUAAGCACACCCUGGCCUCUACAUACUGCAGUAAACACUAUGUUAUACAACCAUGGGUCCUAUUACACAUAUGACAGACAGGUUCAACAUGUCUUGACAGAGUCAUAUUGUCACGAACGUCGUAUGAAGGAGUGGACCAAAGCGCAGCGUUCGUUGCGAACAUACUUGCUUUAUUUAAUUAAAGCAUACACACGAAAUAACAAAACAAUAAACGACUCGUGAAGUCCUCAGUGACAAAGACCGAACACGGAACAAAAACCCACAAACACAAAGUGAAACACAGACAGUUAAAUAUGGCUCCCAAUCAGAGACAACCAGCACACAGCUGACACUCGUUGCCUCUGAUUGGGAGUCAUUCAGUCAAACAUAGAAACAACCAACCUAGAACACCCAACAAAGAAACAGAACACAUAGAAUGAACACACCCUGGCUCAACAUAUAGAGUCCCAGAGCCAGGGUGUGACAGUACCCCCCCCCUAAAGGCGCGGACUGCGACCGCGCCUCAACUAAAGCAAAACAGGGGAGGGCUGGGCGGGAAUACCUCCUCGGCGGCGGUUCUGCCUCCGGCCUUGACCACCACCCUCCAAUGAACCCCCCAUAGCGCCCCUGGUCCAGUCUGGCUCCGCUGGCUGGAGCUGACCUGGACGUAGCAGGAGCGGCUAGCUUCAGCUCCGUUGGGGAGCAAUAAAGCGGUACCUGAUCUGGCACCGAUGACCCAGGCACGGGUUGUGCCGGACUGACGACGCGCACACCAGGCUUGGUGCGUGAGGCAGGAAAGGACCAGACCUGGCUGUCGAUGCGCACCCCUAGCUUGGUGCGUGGAGCAGCAACGGGCCUUGCCAGGCUGACGACUCGCACCCCUGGCUUGGUGCGAGUAGCAGGAACGGGCUGGACCAGGCUGACGACUCGCACCCCUGGCUUGGUGCGAGUGGCAGGAACGGGCUGGACCAGGCUGACGACUCGCACCCCUGACUUGGUGCGAGUGGCAGGAACAGGCCGGGCUGGCGACGCGCACCGUAGGCUUGGUGCGUGGAGCAGGGACAGGCCGGGCUGGGCUGGCGACGCACACCGUAGGCUUGGUGCGUGGAGCAGGGACAGGCCGGGCUGGGCUGGCGACGCACACCGUAGGCUUGGUGCGUGGAGCAGGGACAGGCCGGGCUGGGCUGUCGAUGCACACCGUAGGCUUGUUGCGUGGAGCAGGGACAGGCCGGACUGGGCUGGCGACGCACACCGUAGGCUUGGUGCGUGGAGCAGGAACAGGCCGGGCUGGGCUGUCGACGCACACCGUAGGCUUGGUGCGUGGAGCAGGAACAGGCCGGGCUGGGCUGUCGACGCACACCGUAGGCUUGGUGCGUGGAGCAGGGACAGGCCGGACAGGGCUGGCGAAGCACACCGUAGGCUUGGUGCGUGGAGCAGGAACAGGCCGGACCGUACUGGGAACACACACCACUGGCCUUAAACGGGGAUCAGGAACGGGCCGGACCGGACUGGCAAUACACCUCAGUACCUCUCGCCGUGCCUCUACAACUUCCUUCCCUCCUCUCGCCAAUGGCUCCCGUAACCCGGUGGCCUUCUCUCCUCGUCUCCCAUUUCGCCCUGUGGCAGCCUCCUGCUGCCCAGUCACCCAUGCCGUGUGCCCCCCCCUAAAAAAUUAUUGGGGGUGCCUCUCGUCCGUCCGACGAUGGCACUGCUGACGCCGCUGCUCCUCUCUCGCCAGGGCCUUAAUCCUACCCCAAGGUCCCUUGCCCCCGAGCAUGUCCUCCCAGGACCACGAUUUGCCCACCUGGGCCAUCGCCAGCCUCUCCAUCUCCUUUCCUGGCGCUUCCUCCCAUGUCCAGUCUGCCUGCUCCUGGACACGCUGCUUGGUCCUUUUAUGGUGGGUUUUUCUGUCACGAACGUUGUAUGAAGGAGUGGACCAAAGCGCAGCGUUCGUUGCGAACAUACUUGCUUUAUUUAAUUAAAGCAUACACACGAAAUAACAAAACAAUAAACGACUCGUGAAGUCCUCAGUGACAAAGACCGAACACGGAACAAAAACCCACAAACACAAAGUGAAACACAGACAGUUAAAUAUGGCUCCCAAUCAGAGACAACCAGCACACAGCUGACACUCGUUGCCUCUGAUUGGGAGUCAUUCAGUCAAACAUAGAAACAACCAACCUAGAACACCCAACAAAGAAACAGAACACAUAGAAUGAACACACCCUGGCUCAACAUAUAGAGUCCCAGAGCCAGGGUGUGACAGUACCCCCCCCCUAAAGGCGCGGACUGCGACCGCGCCUCAACUAAAGCAAAACAGGGGAGGGCUGGGCGGGAAUACCUCCUCGGCGGCGGUUCUGCCUCCGGCCUUGACCACCACCCUCCAAUGAACCCCCCAUAGCGCCCCUGGUCCAGUCUGGCUCCGCUGGCUGGAGCUGACCUGGACGUAGCAGGAGCGGCUAGCUUCAGCUCCGUUGGGGAGCAAUAAAGCGGUACCUGAUCUGGCACCGAUGACCCAGGCACGGGUUGUGCCGGACUGACGACGCGCACACCAGGCUUGGUGCGUGAGGCAGGAAAGGACCAGACCUGGCUGUCGAUGCGCACCCCUAGCUUGGUGCGUGGAGCAGCAACGGGCCUUGCCAGGCUGACGACUCGCACCCCUGGCUUGGUGCGAGUAGCAGGAACGGGCUGGACCAGGCUGACGACUCGCACCCCUGGCUUGGUGCGAGUGGCAGGAACGGGCUGGACCAGGCUGACGACUCGCACCCCUGACUUGGUGCGAGUGGCAGGAACAGGCCGGGCUGGCGACGCGCACCGUAGGCUUGGUGCGUGGAGCAGGGACAGGCCGGGCCUGGGCUGGCGACGCACACCGUAGGCUUGGUGCGUGGAGCAGGGACAGGCCGGGCUGGGCUGGCGACGCACACCGUAGGCUUGGUGCGUGGAGCAGGGACAGGCCGGGCUGGGCUGUCGAUGCACACCGUAGGCUUGUUGCGUGGAGCAGGGACAGGCCGGACUGGGCUGGCGACGCACACCGUAGGCUUGGUGCGUGGAGCAGGAACAGGCCGGGCUGGGCUGUCGACGCACACCGUAGGCUUGGUGCGUGGAGCAGGAACAGGCCGGGCUGGGCUGUCGACGCACACCGUAGGCUUGGUGCGUGGAGCAGGGACAGGCCGGACAGGGCUGGCGAAGCACACCGUAGGCUUGGUGCGUGGAGCAGGAACAGGCCGGACCGUACUGGGAACACACACCACUGGCCUUAAACGGGGAUCAGGAACGGGCCGGACCGGACUGGCAAUACACCUCAGUACCUCUCGCCGUGCCUCUACAACUUCCUUCCCUCCUCUCGCCAAUGGCUCCCGUAACCCGGUGGCCUUCUCUCCUCGUCUCCCAUUUCGCCCUGUGGCAGCCUCCUGCUGCCCAGUCACCCAUGCCGUGUGCCCCCCCCUAAAAUAUUAUUGGGGGUGCCUCUCGUCCGUCCGACGAUGGCACUGCUGACGCCGCUGCUCCUCUCUCGCCAGGGCCUUAAUCCUACCCCAAGGUCCCUUGCCCCCGAGCAUGUCCUCCCAGGACCACGAUUUGCCCACCUGGGCCAUCGCCAGCCUCUCCAUCUCCUUUCCUGGCGCUUCCUCCCAUGUCCAGUCUGCCUGCUCCUGGACACGCUGCUUGGUCCUUUUAUGGUGGGUUUUUCUGUCACGAACGUUGUAUGAAGGAGUGGACCAAAGCGCAGCGUUCGUUGCGAACAUACUUGCUUUAUUUAAUUAAAGCAUACACACGAAAUAACAAAACAAUAAACGACUCGUGAAGUCCUCAGUGACAAAGACCGAACACGGAACAAAAACCCACAAACACAAAGUGAAACACAGACAGUUAAAUAUGGCUCCCAAUCAGAGACAACCAGCACACAGCUGACACUCGUUGCCUCUGAUUGGGAGUCAUUCAGUCAAACAUAGAAACAACCAACCUAGAACACCCAACAAAGAAACAGAACACAUAGAAUGAACACACCCUGGCUCAACAUAUAGAGUCCCAGAGCCAGGGUGUGACACAUAUGCAUACUUCAGCCCCUAUUCUAACUUACGUCUUAUCAGUCUUACCUCUCAUUAACGUCACCUGCUGUCACUGUUCCACAUCUAUGAUCUCACUUCCUGUUAGCUCUGUGGUUGUGUUGCUGGGUGAGUGGGUGGCUGUUAGCUGGGUUGUGUUUAGUAUUUUAUUUAUUUAUUUAUUUGUUUAUUAGGAUCCCCCUGAGCUUUUGCAGAAGCAUCAGCUACUCUUCCCUGGGGUCCACAAAAACAAAACACAUAACAAGUAACAAAACACUGAUAGGCAAGGACAGUCACACAAAUGGAAAAUAGGGCAAUGGAAAAAUCUAUGUUCUUCUUAUUGGACCAAUUUAGGUAGUGCCUCCCAGUUUCAUGCCAUUUUCUCCCUACUGAACACCUUGUUCCUGUGUGUGUGUGUAGAGUCGGAGAUCAGGCCGGGCAGGCUGCUGACGUGGUGUCAGAAACAGACCGAGGGCUACAGGAAUGUGAGCGUGACAGACCUGACCACCUCCUGGCAGAGCGGCCUGGCUCUCUGUGCCCUCAUCCACCGGUUCAGAUCCCACCUCAUGUAUGUACCGUAAAACACUGCAGCAUACAACUACCCUGUAAACCACCACAGUAAGACUGGCCUGAUGUACCCUACUGUCACUGUAAAUGACCUCAGCACUCACUCUCUUUUGUCCUCAUAAACCAUGUGUGAGACUUCUUCAUGUCACACCCUGGCAUGUAGCACUUUGUCAUUGUAAAUUGAUAGACUGGCUCCUCAUAAAAUGCCCUAUGGUAUAUUCUAUAAUGGUGAAUUUCUACACACAUAACAUUUACAUCAAGACACCGGUAAUAGCAGAACAUCUUACACCCACGCUGUAAUCAUAAUGCCUCCUUCUGUGGGUGUCUAAUGUAAACUAUGCCAGGCAUGAAAGUAACCCAUUCAUGUCAAUGUAUGUCCUGGUGCACUAUCUACACACAAGCCCCUGCCUCUCCCUCACAGACCGUCUUUGUGUGAGAGGAAAUGUAAGUGGUGGUUGUGAAUAACAUUUGACCUUCCUCAAAGAGCCUUUUUCCUGAUGUCAGUGCGCUCUCUCUCUCUCUGUUACUGAUAGGUGUGACGAAACAGAGCACACAGAAGAGACAACCGCUUUUAGAGAAACCCUAUAGUAUGUGAAAGGGAGUUUGGAAAGCAUAACUAUGUAUUACAUGUCACACUCCGUAUCUAGGGCAGUUUGUUAUUUCUGUCAUCAUCUUUGUGGUGAAGUGAGGGCUACACUGCAAGUCUAGAACUGUUUCAUAACUUCUGUGUUGACACCAGCUUAGUCUUAUAAAGCCUUCACCUAGUUACCCACACAACAUUACAACAACAUCGCGUGAUAUCAUUUCAAUCUGUUUCCCUCAGAGAGUUUGAUGCGCUGAACGAGGAGGAUUCAGCUAAUAACCUCCAGCUGGCUUUUGACCUGGCUGAGCGGGAGUUUGGGAUGCGGCCCUUCACCACUGGAGAGGAGAUGGCUGCUGGUCAGGAACCAGACAAGACCAGAAUGGUCACCUACCUCUCCAAGUUCUACGAGCUGUUCCGCGGCACCCCCCUUCCCGUCUCAGGUACGCCUCACACCCCUCACCCCACCCCCCUGCAGACACGUGUGUCCUGAAGCCCCAGACUUCAGAUUUCACUCACGCAUACACCCACACAGAUAUGCACUCCUACACACACACACACACACACAAAACGAUCCCAUAUUUUUCUAUGUAGUCUGAUUGAAGUAGCAGCCCUUUAUAUCAUUAGGCCUUUUUUAAAAGGCUCCUUCCCAUGUCAGAGUUAUUUUUAAAUGCAGCUGAAGCAUUUGGCUCUGAACACUUCAAUAGGAGGAGCAGACAGGGCAGAGAGGAAUACGGUCCUACUGCACCGGCCAUGGGCAGGUGUAUGUACCCCCUGUAGACACACACACACACAUUCAUGACACACACGCAUCACAACGGCUGCUACCAGACUCGUAUUAUUAUUGCUAAAUACUGCAUAAUUUAAAAGCCAAUUUACAGCCCCCCAAUCCCCCCAACACAUGUAAAUAUGAAAUUGUGCCUUCCUGUAUUAUAUGCAAAAAAAAAAUUAUAUUCUACUGAGCCAUUUACUUUGUGUUGUUAUUCUUAUCUUUUAUUAGUUCUUAUUGUUGUUGCAUUGUCGAGAAGGAACCUGCAAGUAAGCAUUUAGUUGGACUGUGUAUACAAUGUGUUAGUAAGUACAGUACCAGUCAAAAGUUUGGACACCUACUCAUUCAAGGGUUUUUCUUUAUUUUUACUAUUUUCGACAUUGUAGAAUAAUAGUGAAGACAUCAAAACUACAAAAUAACACAUAUGGAAUCAUGUAGUAACCAAAAAAGUGUUCAACAAAUCAAAAUAUAUUUUAUAUUUGAGAUUCGUAGCUCAAUUGGUAGAGCAUGGCGCUUGUAACGCCAGGGUAGUGGGUUCGAUCCCCGGGGACCACCCAUACGUAAAAAUGUAUGCACGCAUGACUGUAAGUUGCUUUGGAUAAAAGCGUCUGCUAAAUGGCUUAUUAUUAUUAUAUUCUUCAAAGUAGCCACCCUUUGCCUUGAUGACAGCUUUGCACACUCUUGGCAUUCUCUCUCAACCAGCUUCACCUGGAAUGCUUUUCCAACAGUCUUGAAGGAGUUCCCACAUAUGCUGUGCACUUGUUCGCUGCUUUUCCUUCACUCUGCCGUCCGACUCAUCCCAAACCAUCUCAAUUGGGUUGAGGUCGGGGGAUUGUGGAGGCCAGGUCAUCUGAUGCAGCACUACAUCACUCUCCUUCUUGGUAAAAUAGCCCUUACACAGCCUGGAGGUGUGUUGGGUCAUUGUCCUGUUGAAAAACAAAUGAUAAUCUCACUAAGCCCAAACCAGAUGGGAGGCGUAUCGCUGCAGAAUGCUGUGGUAGCCAUGCUGGUUAAGUGUGACUUGAAUUCUAAAUAAAUCCCAGACAGUGUCACCAGCAAAGAACCCCAACACCAUAACACCUCCUCCUCCAUGCUUUACGGUGGGAACUACACAUGCGGAGAUCAUCCGUUCACCCACACCGCGUCUCACAAAUCUCCAAUUUGGACUCCAGACCAAAGGACAUAUUUCCACCAGUCUAAUGUCCAUUGCUCGUGUUUCUUGGCCCAAGCAGGUCUCUUCUUCUUAUUGGUAUCCUUUAGUAGUGGUUUCUUUGCAGCAAUUCGACCAUGAAGGACUGAUUUGCACAGUCCCCUCUGAACAGUUGAUAUUGAGAUGUGUCUGUGACUUGAACUCUGUGAAGCAUUUAUUUGGGCUGCAAUUUCUGAGGCUGGUAACUCUAAUGAACUUAUCCUCUGCAGCAGAGGUAACUCUGGGUCUUCCAUUCCUGUGGCGGUCCUCAUGGGAGCCAGUUUCAUCAUAGCGCUUGAUGGUUUUUGUGACUGCACUUGAAGAAACGUUCAAAGUUCUUGAAAUGUUCCGUAUUGACUGACCUUCAUGUCUUAAAGUAAUGAUGGACUGUCGUUUCUCUUUGCUUAUUUGAGCUGUUCUUGCCAUAAUAUGGACUUGGUCUUUUACCAAAUAGGGUUAUCUUCUGUAUACCUUGUCUCAACACAACACAACUGAUUGGCUCAAACACAUUAAGAAGGAAAUAAAUUCCACAAAUUAACUUUUAAGAAGGCCAACCUGUUAAUUGAAAUGCAUUCCAGGUGACUACCUCAUGAAGCUAGUUGAGAGAAUGCCAAGAGUGUGCAAAGCUGUCAUCAAGGCAAAGGGUGGCUAUUUGAAGAAUCUCAAAUAUAAAAUAUAUUUUGAUUUGUUUAACACUUUUUUGGUUACUACAUGAUUCCAUAUGUGAUAUUUCAUAGUUUUGAUGUCUUCACUAUUAUUCUACAAUGUAAAAAAUAGUAAAAAUAAAGAAAAAACCCUUGAAUGACUGGUAGUGUAUGACUAAUAAAAAAACUGAAACUUGAUACUUUAACACCUCAUCACUGUCACCCUCAAAGGGCCCUACCACUCCACUGUGUCCACUGUAAUAAAAGCCCAGCCUCUCACUGUAUUGUUUUUGACCAGGGCCAUUUCUUUACAUAUCAAGCUGUCUCUGUCCUUAAUGUAUUUCAUCCCUUAUGUCUUUCUAGAGACACUUUAGCUGGUGUAUAAGAGGGUAUGAGAUUUCAUCUGGCUUCCUUUGAAAGCAGGUCUGUGUUGCACAACCCUAUCAGUCCUUUUGUCUGGCAUGAGAGGAAUGCACAUCUGCCCAUCACAGUGCAGACUACCUCACAGAUAGUGUCUGGGUCUAGGCUGACCUGGAGAGAAAACACUAUACCUUACUCCAGAUAGUUUCUGUUCUGAGAUGCCUAAGGGGAACAGAGCAUAUUAUUGCCACAGGGACAUCAGUUGUACUAGCUUUAUGGCCUCUGAGAGGUCACAUGAUAUGCCUCUAUCCACAGCAAUGCUGGUUGCCCACAUUACGGAAUGAUGAUGUAUUAUUUUGCAAUAAUUGUAUACAUUCUUAUGAUCUGUAGUGAAGUGAAGUGUUUCCAGUAUUGGUUUCCACAAAAAAGCUCUUUAUUUGUUAGGUUGCUUUUCUCAGGAAAAACAGAUGGUCUGGCCCCAUCUGGUUCUUUCCAACACAGUAAUAUUAGGUUUCUUUUAGACAUAAUGUAAAAACACAUUGGCCAUUGCUUUUAUUUGGCAUUCAUGGCUGAGCUCCGUGGAAAAUAUCAUACCUUUUAAUGCACUCAUGUGUUUCAUUGCAGAUUCUAGAGGGGCCGACGAAAACAGUGAAGACUAUCCUUCAAAGGCAGUCAGAAGUAUGAACAAAGUUCUGAACUUGGUACCAAGAAAAAGGGUACCAAAGGUAAUCACACUCCUCUCUCCAGCCUCCUCUCUCCAGCCUCCUCUCUCCAGCCUCCUCUCUCCGCCUGCCUUGAGAACGACUGCAACUUGAGAGCCUCUCAGCCUCUUUGUGUUAUCAUUUCAAAAGUCAUUUCAUUUGAAUAAGUAGACUGUAUUGGGGACUUCCACAAGAUACAUGUAUACAGACAGAUCAUUCUUCUAGAUUUUUUUUUAGAUGGGCUCUCCUUUAAUAGUUCACUUUCAGGUUGAAUCUUUGUACCUUUGAGUGCUGUCUGAAAUAUUUAGUCAUAUACUAUGGCUUGUUUUUUUUUUUCUUUUAGGAUGAGAAGAAGCUAGAAGAUACUGACCCAACAUACAAAAGGAGACGAAAAGUCUGCAGUUAUUUGGAAGAGGUAUUUAUUACCAUCAAACUACAAUUUCAUAAUGACAUUCUAAGUGCACCAACGUCAAAUAUGUCAGAAAACCAUUUAUUUUGGCCCUGAUAACUCAACUCACUAUUUCUCAUGACAGGCAACCAACGUCUCUCGUCAGAGUGCGUCCUGUGUGGGUGAGGGGAGGGAGGUGAAGGACAACAAGGUCCGCUCCAUGGCCACCCAGCUUCUGUCCAAGUUUGAGGAGAGCACCCCCAGCUUCACCCUCCGGAGACAGGUCAGAACCACCAAGAUAUGUCCCUCAUUCCCCCUCCUCAGGACUCUGUCAGUGUUGGAUAGUGUCCUCCAUAGAUUAUACAGUACUGUAGGAUGGUAUGUUUGUACUCAGAUGUCUUAUACCACAGUGUGCUAUAGAACAGAGGUGAUCCAUUGUGAUCCAAGGGAAAGAGCCAGGUUUGGUUUUGUGCUGUACAUUUUCUGAUUAAGACUUGGUUAUAAAUCCGUGUGGUGAUAUACUUAUCUUAUCUUGCAAGUCACUUUCCCUCUUUUCUUCCUUUUCUGUCUUUCUACUAACCCUUUUCCUUGGGCUUUGUUUCUGGCUGACAAACCUCAUCAGUCUCAGUGUGAUUGGGGUUCUGGGAGGGCCCCUCGGCCACGCUCCAUGGACAUGACUGAGACCCCACGCUUCACCAACCUCAGGCAGCAGACCCCACCCAACCCUCCCCCUAAGACACAGGUAGAGGACUGGAGCAGGCCUGGUCUACAUACACAUACCCACACCAAUACACUCUGCAGAACACACACUGUCACUCAAUUUUGGUAUACACUUACUCACUCACUCACUCACUCACAAACCAGUCAUCACUUACCUGGAGUGAGUGUUUAAUGCUCCCUGUGGGUUGGAAAUGAAAAGUAACCCCCCAGUGAAGUAGAUUCACAAGACCAAGAAAAGCAUGGGGCGUAAAUCUCACUCCUAUUCUCUCCAGCUGUUAAACUACUGGAGCCUGGUUGCUGCAAUUGCUUCUUGUUUUUUCAUCAAGCUCACCCUGAGUUGACGGAGAGCCAUAGACCUGCAGCUCACAUGUGCUGUGUGUUUCCAGUUUCAGUCUGCAACCUGUACCAAAUAUGUAGCUGAGUGCAACCGCUCAGCCCCCACCCCAGCCUCCUCCCAAACCCAAGCUCUCGCCCCAGCUCCAAGCCCAGCUUCAGUCUCAGCACCAGCCCCAACCCCAGUUCCAGCUCCAACCUAAGCUCCCACCCCCACCCAGCCCAAAUCACACCCUCAGGAAGGUCAGACAGGCUGAUCAGACACGUGCUCAACCCCAGUCGCAGCCCCAGCAGCCAGAGAGCACACACUACCCUGGCUACUCUCCCUCCUGCCACUCAGCAGUCCUAGCCAUGUCUAGAAUGCUCCAACGCCUUCAGGAGGUGGAGGAAAAGAUCACCCAGGUGACCUAUUCCCCUCUCCUUUCCUCUCCUCCCCUCCCCUCUCCUUUCCUCUCCUUUCCUCUCCUCUCCUUUCCUCUCAUUUCCUCUCCUUUCCUCACCUCUCAUUUCCUCUCUUUUCUUCUCUAUCUGUCCGUUUCUCUUUCUCUUUGUCUGCUCUGUCUUUUUCUAUUGUUAUUGUCUCCUACUGUGUGACCAUAUAAGACAUCCUGGUAGGAAAAGGCUGAAUAUGAAUGUUGAGAUAAUCAUCAUGAUUAUACAUUUAGCAUUGUAUAGCACAUAGUCAGCUGGUGAAGUCAAACCCUAAUCAUCCACACUGACCACAAUGGCAAGAACAGACCCACAACCCUGGCAGAGACAAAGAGGCACAGAGGCUGCUGACUAGCAAGUUUAGCCAGUGGGCUGCCCCUUGUGGCCUUGUUCUGUGCCAGGCCUGUGUGUCUGUCUGUCUCUGCCUUGGUCUCAGUCUGCUGCUCCAGGAGCACAUGUGUAAGAGUGGAGACAUCUCUGCUGGUGUGUGAAAUUAGUGUUAUAAAAACAGCCACUCUACUCCACACAGCAACACUAUUGUUCCCUCCACCCAAUAAACAAUGUGUCAUCUAGCUCCUUCAGUGGGAAAGUAGUCCACUUAUCUUGCUUGAUCAUUACAUUUGACAUUGUAGUAAUUUAGCAGACGCUCUUAUCCAGAGUGAUUUACAGUAGUGAGUGCAUACAUUUCAUACUUUUUUUUCUCCGUACAUUAUAACCCUGAUUUGGGAGUUAAUAAUUAUGUUACUAUUCAGACCCAUUCAUCAGACAGGGAGUAUGUGGUACUGUGGUGCGGGUGCAGCUUUCUCCUUCUGAUGCGUGUUCUUUGUCUCUGUGUCUCAUGGUAUGUGUCCUGCAGAAGAAGGCUCAAACCCAGAAUGCUAGAGAGUUUCACAAUAAAAGUAUCAAGGAGAAAGCGGUCCACCUGAGAGCACUGUUCUCUGGGGAUGUGACCUCUAUGUCCCAGGUGACUAUCUGACCCCUGAACUCUGACCCCUUCUGCCUGCGUCACCUCUCCCAUCCCUCAGUGUGUUUGUGGUGUUGCACACACUCGGUCUUGUUUGGCAUCACUGCUGCUGCACACAGUUCAUAUAACCCUCACUGUGUUGAUAUUCAACAUUCAUCAUCUCCAGAAGCAUGACUUUUAUGGCAAUGUUUUCAUCAGCUGCUCAGAGCCUGUAGCAACAGAACACAGCUAGCGCAGGUGAUUUCAGGUUAUUGUAGGACACAGUGUUCUGUUAUACAGAUGUUGAAUCUUAAUUUGAGGCAGUUUGCUACAACAGGAAAAUAACCCUGCAGCAACAGGAAAUGUGAAUUAUUAUAUGGAUUAUAAUUAAUGGACAUUUUUUGUAAGUGUUGAUACAUUUUACGUUAGGGCAAAUAAAGUCUGACAUUUUAAAGUGGGAUUUACAAACUUUAGAAACCUUUUAAAACCUUGAAUAAGCUACAAGUUUGCAUUUGCUGCAGUGCAGGAAAUUCUCAGCAACAAAAGAGUGAUCAAAUUAAGAUCCUACAUCUGUAAUUUAAAUCACCUUCACUGUUUUAAGGGAGUCAGUCAAUAAAUUUACAUCAUGGGUUUCAACAAGGCUUUUUUUAAACGAUGUAACGCCCUGUGAAAAAUGUAUUGUUUAAGCAGAAAUCAUUCAGUUAAAUAGUCCCAUUACGUGAUUCUAUAUUCCCACUGAGACAGACCUGCAGAAAAGAGCUCAGGCUGAAAACUAGGUAGCCUUCUCUCUCAGCUCUGUCUGUGAUGAUAUAUAUGAGCAGCACUGGUAAUUCACUUACUCUGUGUGCUCAGAGACUCAGAGGGUUUCAGCAUGGACACUGUUGAAAGGUAGAAUGGGGUUCUCUGUGCUUCACUGGAAGAGACUGCAGCUUUAUUACUCACAGGAGAAAUAGUCAUCAAGCAAGGUGUUUAGUGCUAGAGUAGUCAUCAUACUGCAAUUUCCAGAACAGGAAAAGGGUAUUUCCAUGGUAUUUUAUCAUCAAGACAGAUACUGCACACCUUUUAUAAAUGUCUCAAUGGAAACCAGGGUAAGCUGUUGUGUUGAGGCUCAGCAGGUUGGGGCUUAGGUAAUACUAUGAUGGGAUAGUGCCACGGAAUACCUUUGCUUAAAGCCUAUCACCCUGUGCAUGCCAGUUCUCAUUGUAACUUCUAUCUAAUUACUAACACUCAUAGCUCUCUUUUAACAAUCCUCUCUCUCUUUUCAUUUGCAAAUCUCCCCUGUCCCAUUCCUCACCUAGCCUGAAUCUGAUGAACAGGCCAUUCCCCCAGAGUCUGGUCCCAUCCUCCCUAACCCCAGUCCAGAACUCACCUCAUUAUACCUUUACCCAGAAAUCAGCCUUUCUACCUUCUCACGUCUUCAUCCCUAUUCCUCAUCCUCAUCCUCAUCCUGUCUACUCCAACAUCAGGUAAAAAUAACCACAUCCAUGUCUGUCUUACCGUCCAACCCACUGAGCAUGCCAACUCUCAUUUAACUCCCAUCUGAUGCUCAUAAUAUCUCUUCCUCUUUGACUUCCCAUUCCCACACUAGUCUGGAUCUGCUGGACAGACCAUUCCCUCUCCUCACAUCCUCCCUGCUCCCAAUCCUAAAAUCUCUUCAUCACUACUUUGUCCAGAAAUCACCCUUUCUACAUUUUCACCCCCUCAUACCUAUUCUCCAUCCUCCUCUUCCUGUCUACUUCAACAUCAGGUAAAAAUAACCACAUCCAUGUCUGUGUUUCAGCAUCCGUAUGUGUCCCUAUCAUUGUGUGUCAUGCUAAAACCUCUGUGAUCAUUCAAUAUUCAUCAUGCAGAGAUAUUUCACAUCUUUAAUCUAUAGCACUACAACUGAGUUGACGUCAACAUGGAAUGUAGUGUUCUUGAGUUGAGACUAAGCAGGUUGAGGCUUGGUCAACAGGAUGGUAGAGUGCCAUGGAAUACCAGGUGCUGUAGGCUUGAGGCCCAUCAAACUGAGCAUGCCAACUAUAUGAUUCUCACAAUCUCUCUUUUCACAAUCCUCUCCCUCUUUGACUUUCCAUUCCAAAACCUCUGUUUCCCAUUCCCACCCUAGUCUGGAUCUGCUGAACAGACCAUUCCCUCUCUUCCCAUCCUCCCUGCUCCCACUCCUAAAGUCACUUCCCUCCUUUGUCCAGAAAUCACCCUUUCUACCUUUUCAGCCCCUCAAACCUUUUCUUCAUCCUCAUCCAUUCUACUCCAACACAAGGUGAAAACAAGCACAUCCAUUUCUCACCAUCUGUCUUUGUCAUGCUGAAACUCAUAUCCCCUAAUGUCAGAGCAAACAUUAUACUAUUAUUUUGAUGCACUAAUCUAUCCCUUAUCUGUCACUGAACUAUUCAACUAACUGUUCUUCUAUAUUUCCUCUAAUUCCUUCAUUCUUCAUGGAAAAUCAAAGACCAGUCAAUCUGGGGGACUAGAUAUGCAGCUUUGUAAGAAAGAAAUGCAAAGAGAGGCCCUUGAAUGAGUCACAUGUGGUGAGUUCCAAACCAUGGCACUAUUUACAUUUUAGUAAUUUAGCAGACGCUCUUAUCCAGAGCGACUUACAGUUAGUGAGUGCAUACAUUAUUUUUUAUACUGCCCCCCCGUGGGAAUCGAACCCACAACCCUGGCGUUGCAAAUGCCAUGCUCUACCAACUGAGCUACAUCCCUGCCGGCCAUUCCCUCCACUACCCUGGGCCAAUUGUGCGCUGCCCCAUGGGUCUCCCGGUCGCAGCCGGCUACGACAGAGCCUGGAUUCAAACCAGGAUCUCUAGUGGCACAGCUAGCACUGCGAUGCAGUGCCUUAGACCACUGCGCCACUCGGGAGGUUAUUUAUGGCAACAUAAUUUCUAUUUGCAGAGCCUGCUGCCUCUCAGAGAAACCCAAAAUGAUGUGCUGUCUGUUUGAUUUUAAACAUGAUGUAAUCUGGAUAAUUAUAUAUAUUUUAGAAGUAUAUAUUUGUUUAACUUCUAAUCUAAUUUGCAUGUAACUUACAGUUGUAGUUAUUAACAUCACAGUCAUGUUGCUGUUUCAGUGUCACGGCAGUGGCUCCACACAUGUAUCCCAACAACAACACACUGCAAUACUCCAACCAAAGCCAGAGCCUGUUUUUAAUAACGUCAAACAGGUAUUUUGCCCCCAGCGCCACAUGCCUGCUAAAGUAACUUGUACUACCCUCUAAAUCACAAAGGACAUAUGUAGACACAACGGUAUUGCAUGCAAGAAGCAUGUGAGAUGUUUUUUAGCUACUCUGGGGCCUCUCAUGCUAAGGUUGAAUGUAUUUUUGUGGAGCUGCACUUUGUGGGUUAGAAUGCCCCUCCCAGUCCACAGAUUUCUGAUCAGUUUGAGCCAGCGCCGUGCAGUCAGUGCAGAGUAAAAUCUGAAGCAUCCAGACAGGCCCACUAGCAAACCAUAAUGAGAAAACAUUCCUGAAAAUCCUCUCCUCUUCCCUCCUCUUCCGUGGCCAUAUGCUUGAGCUGAGACUCCUCUUAUUUUGAUGAAAUAACUUGACUAAUUUCCCCAACAGCUGCCUUAGUCAGAGAAUAAAGUAGUCAAAUCACUGUGUGAUUGCUUGAAAAUUAAUUUGAUGGAAUGUGUUGUACUGUACUGUAAGCACAGUGAAGCACUGUGACACACAUGCCAACUCAGCUUGAAUACAGCUUUUGUGUUUAUAAAAUGCUUUCCUCUAUCUAUCUAUCUAUCUAUCUAUCUAUCUAUCUAUCUAUCUAUCUAUCUAUCUAUCUAUCUAUCUAUCUAUCUAUCUAUCUAUCUAUCUAUCUAUCUAUCUAUCUAUCUAUCUAUCUAUCUAUCUAUCUAUCUAUCUAUCUAUCUAUCUAUCUAUCUAUCUAUCUAUCUAUCUAUCUAUCUAUCUAUCUAUCUAUCUAUCUAUCUAUCUAUCCUAACUUUAAGAUGUGAACUAUCACUUUUGCUUUCAUCAUUCUGUCCUUUAUUCUUACUCUCUUUCUCUCUUCCUCCCUGUCUUCCUCCUCUCUUCCUCCCUGUCUUCCUCCUCUCUUCCUCCCUGUCUUCCUCCUCUCUUCCUCCCUGUCUUCCUCCUCUCUUCCUCCCUGUCUUCCUCCCUGUCUUCCUCCCUGUCUUCCUCCCUGUCUUCCUCCUCUCUUCCUCCCUGUCUUCCUCCUCUCUUCCUCCUCUCUUCCUCCCUCUCUUCCUCCCUGUCUUCCUCCUCUCUUCCUCCCUGUCUUCCUCCUGUCUUCCUCCCUGUCUUUCUCCUCUCUUCCUCCCUGUCUUCCUCUCUUCCUCCCUGUCUUCCUCCUGUCUUUUCCUCCUUGCUGCUUGUCAGCGGACGGUGGGGAAGGUGUCUCUGGCCAUAGCAGCCAGGGCUGUGAAGCUGGUCACCCUCUAUGAGACUGACCACAGGCCUAAAGCCUCCUCCCCCUGUUCACCCCCAGCCUCUCCACCUCUGUCUCCGGUAAGCAUGUCUGGCUGAGCAUACAGCCACUUAGACUGUACCAGCCUUGAACAACAGCUCUUAUCUGGGUGAAGAACAUAGACUAUGUCCCAGGCCCUGUCGCCGAGUCAGAUGAAGAGAGAUUGUGUAAAAAAAUAAGGAUUGGGAUGAUUAUUCUUUGCAGGACUAUGACUCAUUAUGCUUUGUGAACUAAAGGCCAAACUCGGCUAUAAGGCCUUUUAGGGUCAAAAUUGUGGAAUCUGACACAAGUGCAUCACUCCCCCAUUAUCAUCAUUUGCUGUGCUGACAACGUUUGUAGCACUGUCUGUCUGUUCUGUUUCCCAGGGUUCCUUGCGAAGGGAGUUCCCCGGUUCUGGUGACAAGUGUCACUCCUGUCAGAAGCGUGUAUACGUGGUGGAGAGGAUCAGUGCUGAGGGACUUUAUUUCCACAGGGAGUGCUUUCGCUGUGACACCUGUGGCUCCGCCCUGCGCCAGGGAGGCCAUGCCUUCGACUCUGAGCAGGGUAUGUGUUUCCCAAACACUAAGGUUUAGAUGUUCGUAUACUGUCAAUCAAUGAAUCAAUCAGCCAAUCAAUCAAUCAAAUCCACAGUUGUCACUAAGUGCUAUACAGAUACCAAGCCUAAAACCCCAAAGAGCAAACGAUGCAGAUGUAGUGGCACGGUGGCUAGGAAAAACUCCCUAGAAAGGCAGGAACCUAGGAAGAAACCUAGAGAGGAACCAGGCUCUGAGCGGUGGCCAAUCCUCUUCUGGCUGUGCCCGGUAGAGAUAAUAAACUGUUUAUGUGCCCAUUUGUCUUAUAAAGACAGGUCAACAAGCUUCUUACCUUGUUUUUCUAAAUCCUCUUUUGGUCAUGUUCAAUUAGGCAAGUUAUACUGCAAGCUGCACUUCACACAACGUAAAAAUGGAAUGAACCAUCGAAGGACAUUCAAUUCACAUCUGGUAAUUGUUCUCGAUCAUUCAAUCAUCCACUUCCCAUUGUCAUUUUGAUGUUAAUUUGUGUGACGUCUUUGUGACUAAAUGGGUCUCUCCCUCAGGGUCAGAAUGGAGCCGGGGUUCAGGAGGGAUCAGGGACUCCCAACGGUGACACAACAGACGACCUGCAGAGCCAGUCACCAGGUACCUUCAGCUCCCGCCUGAGGAAGAGCCUGAGCUGGCCCCUGAGUGUGACCCGGGCUGUGUGUGACUCCCCCCGCCGCCUGUCUCGCUGGGUGCAUGGUACAGCCCAGGCCAUGGGCCUCCACCUUAGGGCCAAUGUGCAGGACUAUGCCUUCCUGUAUGAGCUGCUGAGCCUGGGAGUGCCCCUGCUGUUCAUACUCCAGGAGGUGCUGCUGCAGAUGUACUCUGAGACCGGGCCUGUCUCCCAGUCCAUCCAGCCCCUACUGCUGUGGCUGGAGGAACACCUGGGCCACAGGCUCAUGUAGAGGCCCACCAGGGAGGGAAGCCUAAUCCUUACCCUGUCCCUAACCCUCGUGCAAUAGGGUCUGAAGCCUGGCCGAACAUUAACUGGCGUAUCUUGCAUUUGUGCCAUGUCAUAUGAUGGCAAGCUACCGUUUGACCAUGUGUACAGGCACCUUGUUAAUAUUUUCUCACAGAAUAUGUAGCUAUCAGUGCAUUAGAUCUAGUCCUACACCAACCAAAGAACAAAUAACAUUUCCCAAGCAGUAGCUUGGUUUGUUAAACGUGUGAUAGUUUUUCAUGAACAUGAUAUUGUUCUUUAUCAUGAGGGGUAAUGUACUGUACAUGGUUUCAUGGUGGUCUAAAUAAUUUACAGUAUGUGUUUGAUAUGACUGCUGAAAUCAUCCAAUCUAUAUUGCUCUAGAGUUUAGUCUUUCAACAACUGGCUGUCAAAAUGGAGCCCGUUUUUACAUGGCUUAACUCAGGUUAUGACAGAUUUUUUGUGUGGAAAAAGUAAUCUAAAUGAAAAGACUGACUUGAAGCACUUUAACUUGGGGAGCUACCUUGGCCUGUGGCUGAUGCCUGAUGAAUGGUGUGGGAGUUAAUGGCUGCCUAAUGAUUGUCCAGGCCUUGGAUAAUGACUAGUGCUGACACUGCACGUUUACUAAACCCUGCUGAACUCACAGGUCGGGGUCGGGGGCCAACGUGGAUCUGUGCUCGACCAGAUUUUCUCAUAUUCUUUUCAAUUUCAGUAUUGUUUGACACAUAAGUUUACAUUUGAACAUUGUUAUUGUAAUAUCUCCUAUGACACCAUGACCGUAGUGUACUUUCACUACACAUUAUGAUAACUUUUAUUGCUAAUUUUUAUGGCCCCAGUGCCUCCAGUAUGCAUUGUCCGUUGUACUUAAAAAGUGGAAGAGGUUUCAUGGCCAUGGGCUUUGGUUUACUACUCCAGUUCAUGGACUGUUUAAUGCUCACUCAUUGCUGCCACCUUUUGGUGAAACAGAUGCAAGGCCAAAUUCAAUUUACUGUAUGAUGAGGUGGAAUAAGGGACAACCUUCUAAAGAGUUGUUGUAUGUUUGUAAUAGAGGAGUUUUUUCUUCAUUUUUGUUAUUUUGUACAAGUCUAUUUCACUUAAAUAUGUUUUUCAUAAUGUAAAGAAUAUUGCUGAAAGGAAUUGUUCAGGAGGACAGAAUCUGACAUGAUAACACAGGCUAUGUUUGAAGGCUGUGGUGUGUAUGUGCUUGCCACUAAUCUCACUGUUAAUAACAAUGUUAAGUAUGAUAUCAGGAUCUCAGCUUUACUACCAAUACAAAUUCCAAAGAUACAGUUCUUGCACUUUAAAAAUGCGACGUGUUUUCAGCCCUAACCAGAAGUUACAUCAUUCAUGCAGUACACUGUACAGUGCUAAAUUGUGUGUUGUUGAAUAGGACAUUCUCAUGCAUUUCUCAAUGCUUUUCUUUGACUAUCUAACAUUUACAAACUUUCUAUGCAUUUUAACUGGAUUUGAUCCUUUCUCUGAUUUUUCUCUGUAUUCUAACCUACUAUAUUUCCUUCCUUUCAUUUCUCCUCUUGUUCACUUGAAGUUUAUUUUCAACUUUCUGAUGAGGAGCCUCCUGAUUGGUUAGGAGACAUGCCAUUCUGAAGGUGAUCACCUGCAUGGUCACAUGGUUUUGUGAAUAAUGUUUUGGAGUGGAUGCCUGGUCAGAUUAGUCCCAGUUACUGUCAGCACUUCCACACACAAGUAAGACAUGCUUCUAACCCCUUUAGAACAUUGUGUGUUUGAGCGACAGACUGCAGUUUUUUUGCAUUGGAUUUUUCUAUUUCGUCUGCAUCUGCACUCCCAGCAGAACCAUAACUACAGCACACACUUGUUAUUGGGGUAAAGUAGGUUGAAACACAUUGUAAUAUAAUGUUCAAAGUCACACCUUCUAAGAGACUGUCUUUUUUGUUUUGGUCUUCCUAAGUGCAUGUUGAAAGAUUGACAGACCGCUUUCUGUCAUGUAAAGGCAUACCACCUUUUCUCCCAUCUUUUGCCAUCUUUCUUUCUUUCUCCUUCUCUCUUCUAGAAGCUGUCACCCAGGACAACUUUUUCUUGACCCACACAAACGAAGGGAAUUCAUCUCCCAACAGGUUCAUAACUCAUGUUGUCUUGAAUGAAUACAUUGAAUAA